AUGGCCAACAGCGCCCUUGCGCUCUGGCCCAUCCCUCGCAACAUGACCUCCGGCUCCACCGCCCUCAAGCUCGACCAUGGUUUCAACAUCGAGGUCGACGUCCAGCAGGCGCCCAGCGACCUCCACGACGCUGUCCAGCAGGCCCAGAAGUACCUCGAGAACGACAAGCUCGGCAGGCUCGUCGUCGGGCGCGGCUCCAACGACUCCACGGCCAUCUCCGGCGCCAAGAGCGUUAAGAAGCUCAAGCUCUCGCUUGAGGACGGCGCCUCGGUGAAGAGCAUCACCGACGAGUCGCGCGCCAAAUUUGAGGACAGGAUCGAGGGCUACAAGCUCUCUAUCCCGGCCGACGGCUCUGACGCGACGCUCGUCGCCAACUCGACCCUCGGCCUGUACCGCGGUCUUACGACCUUUGGCCAGAUCUGGUACACGUACGGCCAGGACACGUACACGCUCGAGGCGCCGUUUGAUAUCGAGGACUCUCCGGCCUACCCCUACCGCGGUCUCGGUCUCGAUACUGCUCGUAACUACUUCCCUGUCGAGAACAUUCUUCGCACCAUCGAUGCCAUGAGCUGGGUCAAGAUCAACACCUUCCACUGGCACAUCACCGACAGCCAGAGCUGGCCCCUCGAGCUCUCCGAUUACCCGGAGCUCGCUCAGAAGGGCGCCUACACCUCGAGCCAGGUUUACUCUGAGAAGGACGUUCAAGAUGUCAUUGCUUACGCCGGCGCACGCGGCAUCGACGUCAUGCUCGAGAUCGACACGCCCGGGCACACCUCCGUCAUCGGCAACGCCUACCCCGACUACGUCGCCUGCCAGAACGAGGCGCCGUGGGCCACGUACGCCAACGAGCCGCCCGCGGGCCAGCUGCGCUUCCCGCUGGAGGAGGUGCAGAACUUCACCGCGGGCCUGCUGUCGUCGAUCGCGAAGCAGGUGCCGGGCAACUACUUCAGCACGGGCGGCGACGAGCUCAACGAGAAGUGCUACACGGACGACCCGGUCACGUCGCAGUACCUGAACAGCACGGGCACGACGCUGAACGACGCGCUGGACCAGUUCACCAAGGUCACGCAUGCGCCGCUCGUCGCGAUGGGCAAGACGCCCGUCGUGUGGGAGGAGAUGGUGCUUAACUAUAAUUUGACGUCGUUGAGCAACGAUACGAUCGUGAUGACGUGGAUCUCGUCCGCUGAUGCGGCUGCGGUUGCGGACAAGGGCUUCCGCAUCGUCCAGGCGCCGUCUGACUACUUCUACCUCGACUGCGGUGGCGGAGGCUGGGUCGGCGACAACCCCAAAGGCAACUCAUGGUGCGACCCCUUCAAGACCUGGCAAUACGCGUACACCUACGACCCGCUCGCGAACCUCACCGCAACGCAGGCCGCGCUCGUCCUCGGCGGCGAGCAGAUUCUCUGGACGGAGCAGUCCGGCCCGGAGAACCUCGAGCCCGUCGUGUGGCCGCGCGCCGCGUCGAGCGCGGAGGUGUUCUGGAGCGCCGCGCAGCCGAGCGGGCAGCCGCUGAACGCGACGGAGGCGCUGCCCCGUCUGCAUGAUGUGCGCUACCGGAUGGUGCAGCGCGGGUUGAACGCGAUCAAUCUCCAGCCGCAGUGGUGCGCGCUGCGCCCGCACGAGUGCGAUUUGUAUUCGUAA